CUAUCUGACAUCUAAUCAGUGUCAUUUUUCUAACUUUAAAAAUCUAUCCUCUCAAUUGUUGAUUGUGGAUUUUAAAAUUUAAUAAUAAAAAAUUUACAAAAUACUUCCCCUCUUCUAAUUAAUGGUAUUAAUACGAGUAUUAUAAUUUAAAGAUUAAUAAUUAAAGACUCUACGUUUUCCACAUACUUAAUUAGUGUCAAUUAAGGAUCUCUAACUAUUGAAGAUUCUUAAUUUAUAAACAUAAAUUAGAUAUCCUCAAAACGAGUAUUACAAUCCUAGAUUUCUCUGAUAAAUUCAGGAGCACUUAUAUCACUAUAUUAAUCUAAAUUAUAAAUAUAAUAAUAAACAAUAUUUUAGAAAAUAAUUUGCAUGCUAUGCUUUGGCUCUAUACUUUAGUUGAACUAAACACAAUUUUUCAUAUCUGACUCUAUGUUUUUAGAAUCAAAAGCCAAUAUCGGUGGUGCUAUAUCAAUUAAUGGUUUGGUUUCUAAUCUUAAUUAUAUACAAAAUACUCAAAUGAUUGGAAAUACUGCCAUAUCAGAUGGAGGAGCUAUGUUUUUAAAAGCCUAAAAAGAUGAU